CGUUACAACGUCAUUUCCGUUUCUCCGUCUUAUACGGUUACGUUAGCUUAUCGGUGGGUCCUCGCCGACUAAAUCUGUCAGCUGUUUGCUGAAAUUUUCACGCGUUUUUCUUUGCUGUUAAAGUGGCUCGGCUUCGUCUGAAAGGGGUCCUGGCGCAGAAUUAAAAGUAACCGGAAGUCGGGUUGAGAUUGUCAUUUCAGUUGUUCGUCGGGCUAACAGGCUAACACGCGGGCAAAAUAAAGGUUUACGGAUUGGUUUCUUCAGCUUACAGCAGAGCCGAAAACCAAGUGAAACCCGAGUCCCCCUGUAGGUCUGCCUGUCCUGGCCCCACCGUCCCAUGCCCUCAGCUGGGACUGGAUAUAGUUUGCCGGAGGAGCGAAGAGGCAUCCUGCCAGAGUCCUGUUAAACAUGGAGGAUGAGGAGGUAGCCGAAAGCUGGGAAGAAGCUGCGGAUAGUGGGGAAAUCGAGAGAAGACUUGAGGCAAAACUAAAGAUAAAUCAGGAAGCAAAGAAGACCAGUUUAAAGUCUGCUAGCUCCCCGGUGCGAACAGCAAUUGUAGUUCAAGAUGACUCUUUGCCUGCGGCUCCUCCACCUCAAAUUCGAAUUUUAAAGCGUCCUUCCAAUAACGGUACCGCGGGGAACUCUGCGUCCUCAUCUCGUCCCUCGCAGCAGAUGAAAUCUUUGGCCCAACGGGAAGCAGAGUAUGCAGAGGCCCGAAGGAGGAUUUUGGGUAGUGCUUCUUCAGAGGAAACACCUCAGGAUAAUCCAAGCCAGGACCGGGCUUCUCGUUUGAAUGUGCAGCAACCAUUAGAACCACUUCGUCCAAACAAUCAGGUGAUCCGUCAGCCCACCGGUCCUGAUGGCACCGUUGGCUUCCGACUCUGCAGAUAAACUGAAGAUGUCUGCUGCAAAGAAACUGCUGCUUCUUGGACCGAGGCAGAGCAGGGGAGAAAUUAAAGAGGGGUUUCGUGUGAUUUGUAAAGAGCAGAGUGGUGAGAUGACAUCAAAUUUGACUAAAAAUAAGGAGUUAAAUGUACUUGUCUACCAUCUCUCUGCUCUGUACGCCCUGAUUUGAUCUUUGCCUUUUGCCUUGUCUUUUCCCUCUGUUGAACCUUACAAGGUGGCUGGCAGAGGUCAAGGACUGAAAAGUCCUUCGGUUCCCCACUGGGAACAGGCUUUGUUCACACACCCUGACACACUGUGAUACUCUGAUGUGCUCUUCGGUUUUGAAUCUGUGAAGUGUUUGUCACUUCAGGGAGAAUAAGGAGAACGUGUUUAUCUGGGGGGAUGGUGGCAGGGUGACCUGCAAGGUGUACGAGUAGAUGAGCCUUUUUUAGCGUGUUGACAGGAAAUAUAUAGUACAGUGCCAAGAACGGACUGUUCAGCUGAAUAAGGGCAAGUUGGUAGAACGUUGUGCUGAUUGAACCUAUUCAGUGAAGUGCACAGUGCCGAAUAAUGUGUCUUAGUGCUGCAGAUGGUGGCUCAGAGCAGAACGUUGCACAGUCCAUGGGUCGCUACAAUAGGAAAGCUGGGACGCAACCUUUGGUGAUCUGAAUGACUGAGUCAUUUAAUCUGUUUCUACAAGCAAUAACAAUGAAAUUACUUCCCGGGUUUUUUUGUGUGUGUAUUUUGUUUUAAACUGUUAACAUUGGUUCUCUGUUUUUUCUUUCUGUGACAUAUUCUCAAAUCAGGAGAUUUGUAGACUGUUUAGAAAAUAGGUUGCAAUAGAAACAAGUUUGUAAUGUUUUUAAUUUGAUCAGGUUUGCAGAAAUUGUGAAUUAGGAAUCUGAAUUUCUUUUGUCCUUGUGUUUGCUGCAUCAGCAGAAGUAGUGUUGGAGCUGAAGCACACUGUCUGAUUGUGGAAAUGAUCCAUAAAUGGCAGCAUCAUACCCAGAAGGAUGUCAUGCUUCAGUUUGUCAAGGGAAUAUCAUAGAACUUACCUUUUUAAUCAGCACUCUGUGGACCAAAGCCAAAUUUAUCUUCCUGGUGUUGACGAAUGUCUUCCUGGCGUGUUUUUUAACGCAACAGGGUUUUAUCGUAUUGUCCGCUCGUUUUCCACAGACUAAAAAUAAGGAUUCACAAACUGCAAAGUCAAUAAUAUGAUUAAAAACUGAGAGGUUACAAGUACUGACAGCCGGUAUCACAAUAAUUAGGUUUGAACCAGGUACGGGUCCUUUUGCCCCUUUACAAUCUUGGCUUCGGGGACUCCUCAUACCCAGCAUGCAUCAGAAAAACGCUUUGUUCCCGCUGUGACGACUGACUGCAGUACAUUUCUACUCUGUACUCAAGGAGUACUAUAAGAAUAUAUGCUUACAUGACUCCAGUAAAAUAAAAUACCCUAAUCUCGAAUUGAUUUAAUGCAAACGGUGUUCAAUCCAAAAUGUUCAGAACAUUUUUAGAAUUGUAUAAAAAAAUGUAAUGUAUGAUUUUAGCAUUUUUGUCUAUCCAUAAUUCAUGAAAACAUUUGAUUACAAACAAAAAUAACUGAUGCAAUGUUUUAAGUAGAAGGUAACGAAAUGGACCUGGAGCCUUUGAACCUUUUAGGACUUUAUGCCUUAAAUUAAACCCGCCUGCCAACAAACACUAGUGGGUAUUUUGGCUCACAUUCGAAGCUGUUUUAGUGCUUGUAAUAUCUGCUGCAGGAGUUUUUUUUUUUUUUUUGGGAAAUUCACAGCUGCGCUCAGUUGUGUUUCACAUUUUUCGUGCUGAACCGCUGUAUGACUGCUUUGAAGACCGUUCAUCCAAGCAGUUUUUGACAGAUCAAUGUGAACCUUCUUCCUGAGUCUUGAUUGCAGUAUACGAUCUACUGUGCAGCAGCUGAAAGUGCUGCAUUUAAACAUCAGUUGUCAGUACUUUAGCUUUAUGAGUUAGUUUACUCUGUUACAAGCAACACAGAUUUGGACCGAUCACCUUAAGCUUCCAAGAUAAACUCUUCUCUGGGAUUUGGAUCGGGUCAUACUCUGCAACAAAGGUGUAUGUUGUUAUACUGUCUGGCUUGGAGACAUAAAGGAUUUGUAAUGAUUUCAGACCGAUGUGCAGACACCUGUCUUGCAUUAACAUGAUCAACCCAUGAUGCUUUAUUACAGACAUUCACAGCCAGAUGUCUAGUCUGAUCCCAUUUGAUGUCAUUGUUUUAAAACUUGAAGAAUCCAAAUGAAAUUCAAUGCCCUUUAAUAAACAUUUAAACAUA